AAGCUGUCCGUCCCUGUGGAAGAGGGAAAGCAAAGUCUGAUUCCUCACAAUCUCAGAUGAGCUCCGAUCGGUGAGCGUGAAACCCUAAUCCCUCAUCCGUAAUCUGUCUUCACCGUUGGGAUAUGGAUGGUAACAAAGACGACGCGUUGAAAUGCCUCAAAAUCGGCAAGGACGCGAUGGGAGCAGGGGACCGAUCACGCGCCUCCAAGUUCCUCGAGAAAGCUCGUCGUCUCGAUCCGUCUCUCCCGAUCGACGAUCUCCUCUCGGAUCUAAACAAGCAGACGGCGGAGGAGGAUUCCCCCGGAUCCGCCGCCGGCGAGUCGUCUCCUAAGCCGCCGUCUCUUCGUCAACGCGGAUCCUCCUCAUCCGCCGCGGCGGGAUCUUCGUCGGCCUCUUUCACGGAGGAGCAGCGAGCGAUCGUGAGGGAGAUCAAGUCGAAGAAGGACUACUACGAGAUCCUCGGACUGGGGAGAACGUGCUCAGUCGAAGACAUGAGGAAAGCGUAUCGGAAGCUCUCUCUGAAGGUUCAUCCCGAUAAGAACAAAGCUCCCGGCUCCGAAGAAGCGUUCAAAUCCGUCUCCAAGGCGUUCCAGUGCCUAAGCGACGACGGCGCUAGGAGAAAGUACGACGUCUCCGGCUCCGACGAGCCUUCCUAUCAAUCGAGGAGACAUCAUCAGCAUCACAACGGCGGGUUCAACGGUUACUACGACGACGAGUUCGACGCCGACGAGAUCUUCAGAAGCUUCUUCGGCGCAGGGAUGGCUCCCGCCGCUACUCAGUUCCGUUCAUUCAACUUCGGUGGUGGUAAUAGAGCGGCUAAUCAUCAGGCCUCUGAUGCUACAGGGUUCAACCCUCGCGUCCUCCUCCAGUUGCUUCCCGUGGUGUUCAUACUGCUGCUCAACUUCUUGCCGUCUCCUCAACCGAUCUACUCGCUCUCCGCGUCGUACCAGUACGAGCACAAGUUCACCACGCAUAGAGGGGUCAAUUACUUUGUGAGAUCGGCUAAGUUCGAGCAGGAGUACCCUAUAAACAGCCUCGAGAGACAGAGGGUUGAGGCGCAGGUGGACAGAGAUUACUUGUCUAUACUGGGACAGAAUUGUAGGUACGAGCUUCAGAGACAACAGUGGGGGUAUGUUCGUGAGACGCCUCAUUGUGACAUGAUGAGGAGGUUUGAUUCAGCUUCUGCUGCUGCAUAAAACCCCCCACUCCAAGUUAGUAUAUUCAACUUUUGGUUUUGACCAUUCAGAUGUUACUUACUAUUUUGUUGAUGUCCCUCAGUUACUAUUUUGUUGAUGUACCUCAGUGAGUUUGAUUCCCCAAAGUCCCAAACUUCUUAAUAUACAUUGAUUACUGGUUCUAUGUAUGAUGUUUAGUACUAAACAUUGUUCAUGUGUGAUUAUUUCUAUUUGGAAUAAGACUUGUUUUUGGCUCCUGCCCUGCAA